CCUAGAAAGUGGCACCCGCCCUGGUCGGGGUGGCUUCCUCCGCCGGCCGUUUUCCAGGACGCUGCUUCGGCAGGCACCGCAAUGGAGGAAAUCCGGAGCCGCACCGUGAAAGGCCUCGCUGAUCUGAGGGGCUUUUUCAACCUGACUCCGAAGGAAGGCGACAGCGCGAAGGCGGCAGCCGCAGCAGAAGCGGCCAACGCGGAGACUUUGCUUCCAGAUGAAAAAGAAUUUCAGCAUGCUGCUAAAACUAAUAAUCUGGACACUAUGGAAAGGUUAUUUAGGAAAAAAGUUAAUAUUAAUGCUGCAAAUAUUUUGAAGCGCACAGCCCUCCAUUUUGCUGUUGCAGGAAAUCAUAUAUCUGCAGUUGACUUUCUUCUCCAUCACAAAGCUAGAGUUGAUAUUGCAGAUAAGCAUGGCCUUACUGCAAUUCAUCUUGCUGCAUGGUCCGGUAAUUUGGAAAUAAUGCUGAUGUUAAUUAAAGCAGGAGCUGAUCAAAAAGCAAAGAACCAGGAAGGCAUGAAUGUCCUACAUUUUGCUGCUAAGAACAAUAGUGUCAGAAUAGUGAAUUAUUUUAUCCGAGAUCUUCACCUAAUGGAACUCAAUAAACCUGAUGAGAAAGGGAGAAAGCCAUUCUUCCUCGCAGCUGAAAUGGGCCAUGAAGAAAUGAUAAGUGAGUUGAUUACCCUUAAUUUAUUCACCUCAGAAAAGGAUAAGGAAGGAAACACUGCCUUGCAUCUAGCAGCUAAAAAUGGCCACAGUGAUGUGGUAGAGAUUCUUCUUCAGCAGUGGGAAGAUAUAAACGAAUUCAAUCAGAAUGGCGAAACACCAUUUUAUAUGGCUGUUGAAGGAGGCCACGAAAAAUGUGCUGACCUCUUACUGGAAGCUGGAAGUGACAUCAAUAUUUUGAACAAACACAAUGCCAGUGCAUUGCAUGUUGCAACCCAAAAUGGACACACACCUUUGGUCAAAUUUCUUAUCAGUCAUAAUAUUGAUCUGGAUGCUCAGUCUCAGAAAGAUAAUUCUCCUCUACAUUUGGCUAUCACAAAAAACAACUUAUCAGUGAUAAAUAGUUUAAUAAAGGCAAACCAUAACAUAAAUUGCCUAAAUAAGAGACAUCAAACACCUUUACAUCUGGCAGCAGACCUUGGAAAUGUGGAAAUAAUAGAAACACUGCUAAAGGCAGGCUGUGACUUCAGCGUGGUAGAUAAGCAAGGAAAAACCGCACUUGCUGUAGCAUCCAGAAGCAAUCAUGCCUUAGUUGUAGACAUGAUUAUAAAAGCAGAGAGAUAUUACCUCUGGAAACAGGAGCAUCACUGUAAUGAUGUGUCAAAUAUUAAUCUAUCUUUUAAACAAGAUCACAACCUGCAGACAAAACAGAUCCGUGCGUCUCUUUGGAAUCUAGCAUAUAAUGGAUUAAAAAUGCGAGACUGGGUAAAACUGGCACAGUUUUGGAAGUUUACAGGUGAACAAAUCAAAACAAUAGAAGAACAGUGGACAGGGGGAAAGAGCUACAAGGAACAUGGACACAGAAUGCUUCUUAUCUGGUUACACGGUGUUCUGAUGGCUGGCCAGAAUCCUAUUAAACAUUUAUAUGAGGAUCUGAUAAGCCUGGGAUUUCAACAACUGGCUGUAAAGUUCAGAGCAGAAAAUAAUGCUGGCACAGAAUCCAAGAAAUGUUCGGUUUCAUGAAAUUCAAGGGAAUCUGAAGCAAUGAAAUAGGAUAAUAAAUGAGUAUUAAAAUAUUAUUUAUAAACAAAUUCUCCAAUGUUUCUCUAUAAAGAACGCUUAUCUUCUCACCAUUUCUCUAAUAUCUCCCACCCCAUCAACUUCCCAUUCCCAUGCUAAUUAGGACUUCUCCACCUCCAUCGGCUCUUUCCAAUCCCACUUCACCAUUCAGAAAUCUCCAGCUUUCCGAUUCAUUUUUUAAAAAUAUUGAGUGGCUGUACCCCACUCAGCAUGAGUGACCUAUAUUUGGAGGUGGAAAAAGAAUAUGGGCUUAUGUGACUUCUUGGGUUCCAAAAGCAGUGGGGAAAUGAACGUGGCAGUGGCUGAAGAGCUGCUUGAAAAUAAUUUCAGUCAAUUAUAGAUUAUUAUUUUUUCUCCUGUGUAUGGCUGACAACUCCUGUAGGAAUCCACUUGCACCUGAGGGCAUAUUAGCAACUCUGCCAUGCAAUCUGUACAUAAUACUGUUUCAGUUAAUUUUUUCCAGAAUGAAACAUUUCUUGAGGUGAUAGUCAUAUUGCUUCCACAAAUAUACUCUAAAAAUCUUUGAUAUUUUAAAUAAAGUAUUUU